AUGCUUUCUGUUCCCAAUACUGAAAUGAGGCAUGAUGAUGACAUCAUCAAUGGUGAAUAUCUCAGAAGUAGCACAUCAAAAUCAAGAUCAAGAUCAAGAUCAAGAUCUGUCCCUCCAUCUUUUAACAACCGAAGUCAUAAGACGAGUGAUUAUCAUGAAGCUCAUGGUGAAUUAAAGAACAUGAUACAUAAUGAGCCGGUUCAUAGAUACAAAAAUAAGGGAGUGAAAGAACGCCAUUCUACCCGAAAACCAACCGAACAAGAGUCGCUGAUUUCUAAUAGUAAUAUCUAUGAUCCUGACCGUGAUCCUGCCAUAACCAUUAAUGAAGAGAGUUUGAUUUCACAGGAACAAUGGAGUGCAAAAUCAGGUGGAACUAUUUCCAUCCAGUUGUCUGGACCUGAGCCGGAAUCGUCUGAAGGGUCUAAGGAGGUUGACCAAUGUGGUCAACUUUCUUCAGUGUUGGAAGCUUCUCCUACAGAAGAUGUAUCAUCUGGUUCUGAUUGCUUUGAGGGAGUCAGCACUCGACUUCUUGAACUCAGGAAACAGCUUCAUCUACUUAAAAUGGAGUCAGAGUCAACUUACGAUAGUCAAAAUGAUGAAGAGGUGGAGCAAGAAUCUUCAUUAACCAUCUUGGAAUCUGAAAACUGGGAAUCCAUGUAUUUCAUAGAUUUCCUAAAAGGUUGUGGCUUUUACGAUCAUGACACGUAUACAUUCAUGAGCACAUGGUAUAAUAUUAAUAACUCCCAAGAUAAAGAUAAUGGAUGGAGUGUUUCAAGAUGUGAAAGAAGGUUGUUUUAUGAUCGUAUAAGAGAAGCGUUGUUUGAUAUUUCCAAGAGUAGGGUUUCAUGUUGGUGGGUGGGUGUUGCGGAAAGGGGAAUUCAGAUGAAAUUGACGGAAAUUGGUUUUGAAGAUCAGGUGCAGAAGGUACUUGGUAAGCAAGAAAAGGAAGCAAUGGAGGAUUUUGAGGAAACGUGUAUUGAUAAGGAUUUGGAUUGGUUUGUAGCGGUGAAUGAAAUUGAUGUUGUAGGUGAGAAAAUGGUUGAGAUGUUGGUCAAUGAUUUAGUACUAGAAUUUGUAAACCAAUAA